CCGGAAGCGAUGCGCUCGGCGCCCGCCCCUACGUCCCGGCGGGAGCGGGCAGGGUCGGUGGAUGUAUGUCCGCCGCUCCGGAGAUGGCUUCGGCGGGAGGCGGCAGCUCCGAGAGCGUCGCGCCCGAGGCCGAUCGUCCCCAGCCGCGGCCGUUCCUCAUCGGCGUGAGCGGCGGCACUGCUAGUGGCAAGUCAACAGUGUGUGAGAAGAUCAUGGAGCUGCUGGGACAGAACGAAGUGGACCGCCGGCAGCGCAAGUUGGUCAUCCUGAGCCAGGACUGCUUCUACAAGGUUCUGACGGCCGAGCAGAAGGCCAAGGCUUUGAAGGGACAGUACAAUUUUGACCACCCAGAUGCUUUUGACAAUGAUCUGAUGCACAAGACCCUGAAAAACAUUGUCGAAGGCAAAACUGUCGAGGUCCCCACCUAUGAUUUUGUGACCCACUCAAGGUUACCAGAGACCACUGUGGUCUACCCAGCUGAUGUGGUUCUGUUCGAGGGCAUCUUGGUAUUCUACACUCAGGAGAUCCGGGACAUGUUCCAUCUGCGCCUCUUUGUGGACACAGACUCUGAUGUUAGGUUGUCUCGAAGAGUUCUCCGGGAUGUGCAGCGAGGGAGGGACCUGGAGCAGAUCCUGACACAGUACACCGCCUUUGUGAAACCAGCCUUUGAGGAGUUCUGCCUGCCGACCAAGAAGUAUGCUGAUGUGAUCAUCCCUCGAGGGGUUGACAAUAUGGUGGCCAUCAACCUGAUCGUGCAACACAUCCAGGACAUCCUCAACGGUGACCUGUGCAAGCGGCACCGAGGUGGGCCCAAUGGGCGCAACCACAAGAGGACCUUCCCCGAGCCAGGAGAUCACCCUGGGGUGUUGGCCACUGGCAAGCGCUCACACCUGGAGUCCAGCAGCAGACCCCACUGAGGAGCAGCCUAUGUAGGUUCCCCACAAACCCAUGAUUAAGGGCCUGGGGACAACCACUGGCUCCUAAAAGCAUAGUCAGGGAUUGCUCUCAGUGGGAUCUAGGGGUGGCAUCAGGACCAAAGCCUUCCUUGCAUGGGAGGGCAGACUCACGCCUGACAGAGGAUUCUGGUGUCCUCUGCUUCCUCUCAUUGGAGGCGGCCAUGGGUCUCUGGGUCACUGUCCCAAACAGCAUAGUAAGCCCAUGGUGCCAGUUUCCCGAGAGAUGCAAGACACAUAUUUGGGACAAUAGAGGAAACAGCCUGGGCACUGGCUGGCCUGGUGUGACAGUGAGCCCCAGGGAAGUGCUUCCCAGUAUGAUGUGGUUUGUGGCCAUGUUGCAGAAGUUUGCAGAGAUGUUAGCUAUCCUCGUUUGUUUUGUGGCAGACUGUUUGUGACCUCUGAACCUGAUUUUACAACCUACCACUGGGCUACGGUCUAGUCUAAGGAGCCUAAGGCAGGAACCCUAAGGACUACCCACAUGACUGUCUGGGGGCCUGGAUUGUGGGUAGAUGGGAAUGGGCCAUCAGGUCUCUUGUGGCUAAAACAGCCUCUCCACAGUUCUGCAGGAAGGAGCCCAAGAGGUUGUCUGUGUACAAGUCACUUGGGUACAGUUCAUGGCUAGCAUGCAGGGCAGGCUCUCUCCAGCCAGGGAGCACUGGAGUGUAGAGGCAGGUGACCGUGGCUGCCCAAAGCCAGCCAGUCUCCUGCACACGGACCUCAAGCUCCCGGCUUCACAAAUGCUCCCUUCUGUGUUGUCAAGUUUGUCUUCCCUCCCAUGGGACGGCUGUUUUUGGAAGUGUCCUUUGCUAUUGCCACAAGCCAUGGCACAGGACUUCUCAUUUCGUGUUAAAUAUAACUGUGGUUCUCACGACAGCAGCUGAGCUGUGUUGAGCUCAGGGGCUGGUUUCUGUUAGUGCUGUGCUGGUUUUGUUGAACUGAAACCCCUCUUUGGAGAGAGAAUCAAUAAAUAACAUAAAAAAUAA